AUGUCUACUAUCCUGAUUUCUGGCGCUAACAAGGGAAUUGGCCGUGGUCUGCUUAGCAAGUACCUCGCUCGUGAUAAUGUAACUGUGAUUGCAGCGGUUCGCAAUCCCAGCUCCUCGGAAGCAAUUUCUCUCUCUGAACUUCCCACGGGGGAGAGGAGUCGGUUGAUUAUUGUUAAAAUCGAUGCCAGCUCUGAAACCGACGGGAAAGCCGCCGUGGAUUCAUUGUCCAGCCAGGGCGUGUUGGCUUUGGACGUUGUCAUCGCGAAUGCGGGACUCUUUGAUACAGCUGCUUUCACCACCGUUGCGGAGGCUACCACUUCCCAGAUCCAAACCCAUUUCGACGUGAACACUCUUGGACCCGUGCGCCUCUUUCAAGCAACUCUUCCUCUCCUUCAGAGGUCAUCGUCUGCUCGCUUCAUCCUGAUCAGCAGUCUGAUGGCAACGAUUGGAGGCAUCAAGGAUGUUCCACUCAAGGUUGCGCCUUACGGCGCUAGCAAGGCUGCAGCGAAUUAUUUUGUUCGGAAAAUCAACUAUGAGAAUCAUGAAAUUGCCACCUUGGCUAUCGACCCUGGUUCGGUCAAGACAGACGCUGGAAACCAUGCUGCUCAAACGAUGGGCUUCCCCGGCGCAUCUGUAGAGCUUGAGGACAGUGUGAAUGCAAUUGUUACCAAAAUCGAUGGCUUGACCAAGGGCAACGGUGCUGGAGAAUUUUGGAGCAUUGAUGGCACCAGCCCCAGCUGGUAG